GACCGUCUUUCUUAGGUUUAAACAUAUUGCAGGCGUUGUUUUACAUUGACAUUGCCCGAUUGACACACCGUGGGCCACAUUUAUGACUUAAUUUUGAUUUAUUUUGACACAUUUGUUAUGAAUUUCAAGUGCCCCGCCCCCCAGAUUACCCGUCAUGCCGCGGGGCGGCGCAGUGCGCAGGACCGGAAACCGUGAUUUUUACUCAGCCCAAAUACUUCGGACUUGGUGAAAAGUUGUCAAAAUUGUCGCGGAUUUCAUGCCUUUUCCGGAGCGCGUACGGUAGCCGAGGUACACCAUGGGGACGCCCAGGACCGCGACGAUCAUGCGGAGGAAUCCCCAGGAGGAUUUCGAGUUGAUCCAGCGGAUCGGCAGCGGAACAUACGGCGAUGUGUACAAGGCUCGGAACAUGCAGACAGACGAGCUGGCAGCCAUCAAAGUCAUCAAGUUGGAACCAGGGGACGACUUUGCCAUCAUCCAGCAGGAGAUCAUCAUGAUGAAGGAAUGUAAACACAUAAACAUCGUGGCCUACUUCGGCAGCUAUCUCAGGAGAGACAAGCUGUGGAUCUGUAUGGAGUUUUGUGGAGGAGGGUCCAUGCAGGACAUCUACCACAGGCGCAAAUAUCCUGUUAACUGAUGAGGGGAACGUCAAAUUAGCUGACUUCGGUGUGUCGGCCCAGAUCACAGCCACCAUGGCCAAACGCAAGUCCUUCAUCGGCACUCCGUACUGGAUGGCCCCAGAAGUCGCUGCUGUGGAGAGAAAAGGUGGCUACAAUCAGCAGUGCGACGUAUGGGCUGUGGGGAUCACGGCAAUCGAGUUCGCGGAGCUGCAGCCCCCCAUGUUCGACCUCCACCCCAUGAGGGUGCUGUUCCUCAUGUCGAAAAGUGGCUUCGUCCCCCCCAAACUUAAAGACAAGAACAAAUGGACUCCCAACUUCCACAACUUUGUCAAACUGGCCCUGACGAAAAACCCCAAGAAGAGGCCGACAGCAGAGAAGAUGAUCCAGCACCCGUUCUUCCAGCAGCCGCUGUCCCACAGACUCGGCAAGGACUUGCUGGAGAUGGCCUCUAACCCCAGCUCCUACCAGAACCAUGACGACGAGGAUGAGGAGGAUAGAGGAGAGCCAACAUUAGAAGUUCCGCAGAGGAUUUCUUCACGGAAGAAGGAAGACAGAAAAGAACGGACGAAAUCAGAGAUAGACAUGGAAAAUGUGAACUUUGAACCUCCUCUGAGAAGAGAAACAGAACCUCAGCAGGACGAGGUCCGCGCUGGGGAGGUCCCAAACAGGGUUCGUAGGAAUGACGACGAGUUUGCCGGCGCGUGGAGACCGGUCCUGGAGAUCGACGGUAGCAAGAGUCUUAUCAAAUCCGUUGAAGAAGAACUCCAUAGACGAGGACACACGACAACGUUAGAGUACUCCGAUGCAGCUGGGACAGACCAGUCGUCGUCGUUACCAGCGAACGGUACAGGCAGACCGCCUGGCGCUCCAAAGGCUGGGCAGAAGAGCGCAUCAGACAGUGAAAUCAUCUCCACGCAGGAGAGAAGAGACGGCGGUACCCCCCCUGCCCACACCACCCCCCCUGCGCUGCCCCCUAAGGAGAGAGCGAACGGGGUGGUCCCCACGGCGAACGGUGAGGACAUGGAGGAAGAGCAGGACGUAUCCGAGCAGGAGAACAGCGAGCCGCCGCCCGACGACGAGCCCCCGCCGCCCGAGGUCCCGCCCAAGGUCGGAGACAUGAACAGACCCAGACCCCCCAUGCGGUCCACUUGGUCCAGGAUAUGUCACCAAGAAACCCUAGCAAUCUUGCAGGAACCACAGUGCAAUGGGCUCCCGCCUACACCUAAAGUACACAUGGGAGCGUGUUUUUCCAAAGUGUUCAACGGCUGUCCUCUCAAGGUGAACUGUGCCGUCAGCUGGGUCCACCCACAGACCAGAGACCAGCACAUCAUCGUGGGGUGUAACGAGGGGAUCUACACCCUGAACCUCACACAGCUGCACGAGGCCACCAUGGAUCAUCUGUUCCCCAGAAGAUGCACCUGGAUGUACGUAAUAAACAACAUCCUGCUGUCAGUAUCAGAAGGAAAAACUCCGCACGUCUACUCACACAACCUGGUGGGACUGCACGACCGAACCCACACCCUCGGCUUCAACAUCCCCACACACAAGCUGCCCGACAGAAUUGUACCCAGAAAAUAUGCAAUUUCUACCAAGUUGCCAGAUACCAAAGGCUGCCUCAGGUGUUGUGUUGUUCGGAAUCCGUAUAACGGUCACAAGUACCUGUGCACAGCGGUACCAAACGGGGUGGUCCUGUACCAGUGGUACGAGCCCAUGCAGAAGUUCAUGUUAGUUAAGCUCCCCCCUUAUGUUCCACAGCACUGUGAGUUCUCGAUUCCACAACCGCUGAGGGUGUUCGAGAUGCUGGUCACGCCCAUCGCAGAAUACCCGCUGGUCUGCAUAGGAGUCAGUAAAGGAACCAAUCAGAACCUGUUACAUUUUGACACGGUGAACCUGAACUUGAGCUCAAGCUGGUUCACAGAGCAAGGAUCAGCACUGUUUGACGGUGAGAACCAGCUGGACGUGGUGAACGUCACACAACUGGAGAAGGACACAGUUCUGGUGGCCUUCGACAGAGAAGUGAAAAUCGUGAACCUGUCAGGAAAGCUGAAGUCCAGCAAGAAGCUGGCGGCAGAACUGCACUUCGACUUCUAUACAGAGAGCAUAGUGUGUCUCCAGGACAGCGUGCUGGCGUUCCACAAACACGGGAUGCAGGGAAGAAGCUUCAAGGCCAACGAGGUGACGCAGGAAAUCUGUGACAAGAGCCGCAUCUUCAGAUUGAUUGGGUCCGACAGAAUGAUCGUCUUGGAAAGCCGUCCGUCCGAUGACCCCACGGCGCCCUCUAACCUCUACAUCCUGGCAGGUCAUGAGGCAACCUACUGACCUCUGACCUCUACAUGCGGGCAGGUCAUGACGUGACCUGCUGACGACCCUGCCCAGUACCGGACCUGAAACCAAUGAAAAUGACACUAUAUAUAUAUGAUAUCCCUUUAUGUACAUGAUUGACAACUCUGCCGUCUGCCCCUGCCCCCUCCUGUGGACUAUAAUCAGGGAUCGUGACGCCUUACAAAUGUUACAAAUGCUGCCUGUCGAACCGUGCCAUGGACACUGCUUCGCUCUCUGCAGCUGCUCCGUUUUUAAACAAUAAAGUAAGACUUGUGGACUGUCCUGCCUUGUGCUAUGCAGAAGAAUUAAGAGGCUCGUUUGACAGCCAAGACAGAUAAUCGACUUUCCUCACCCUAAAACUCCUAAGCUUCAAGUAAACCAGUAGACAACUAGACUCUCUGCACACACCAAACGCAGGAACAAAAUCUGGUCCCACGUUGGACACGCCGAGUCAGUCUGUGCCGUAGUUCUUCCACAUUCGACAACCCCUGAAGGCUGUUACCUGAUGUUACAUCACAUCUGUCUGGACCUACCUGCACUCUGGGUGCCUCCAGAAUCUUACCUAACAGUGUCACCUGCUCUGCUCACCUGUGCAAACUGAGGCAGCUCCUUGUGCCUCUCUACAUCUCAGCAAAGGACAGAAGUGCACAAGCCAACACAGCAAGAACAGUGCUGCUGCCAGGAGGGGAGUCAACACAGCAACAAUGGUCAGAGCCACUCACCUGUGACCAAGUGGGUGAUGUCAUCGAGCUGCAGGCUCCGAUUGGCCGAGGACGCAGCUGUACUAACAGCAACAGGCUCUUGUAGCUGGCACAAGCCACCGUGAGAGGGUGCUUUCACGUCACGGUCUGGAGUGGGCCAACGUCACUAACAUCACAUCCCAGGGUCUGGAGUUGGGCUAGCCUCACUAACAUCACAUCCCAGGGUCUGAAGUUGGGCUAGCCUCACUAACAUCACAUCCCAGGGUCUGCAGUGGGGCAACCUCACUAACAUCACAUCCCAGGGUCUGCAGUGGGGCAACCUCACUAACAUCACAUCCCAGGGUCUGCAGUGGGGCAACCUCACUAACACCACAUCCCUGGGUCUGAAGUUGGGCUAGCCUCACUAACAUCACAUCCCAGUUAAAGAAGGGCAAACAUCCCAGUACUGACAGUCAAACCUCACAUCCCCAUUCAUUCAGACCCUUGUACUAGUGCCUAGUGGUACAUAAGUCAGCAGGUUUCCUUGCUGUUUUGGUAGCCGGAUGUGUUUUUACAGGGUGGAGUUGCUAGUCCUCCUUCCCCUAGAAAUCAACUCUCAGUACAGACGCUGUAUAAACUCACCAACACCACUUCCUAGUAAGGACCUACCAACCUAGUCCCCAGCUAGACCUUCUGGUCACUUGGGGAGAAGGUGGGCAUAGAGAGGGUUACCUGGGGAGAAGGUGGGCAUAGGGAGGGGAGAUCUGCAUCCAGUCUAUCUGGUCCAUGUGCCGCAUCCAUCAGCAGUGCUGGGUGGCUGAGGGACGUCCACCUUCAGUUGUCUGGUCCUUCUGUCAAACACACAGCAUGACAUUUCUCUCAAAGCAAAGAAGGAACAACUUUAGGCCAUUUGUCUGCCACAUCAAGGAUUGAACUUCGGAGAGCGCUCAGUUUGUUGCACUGGUUUGUAGAGCUCACACCCAACAUGCAACAGCCAAUGAUUGUACUUAAACAUGAACUUGGAAACCUGACGUCUGCAAAGGUCAUCGUAACAACAUUUAUGUCAAAUGAUUGUGGAAAUGAUAGCAACAACAACAAGAUCAACAACCCAAAUAGAAGGGUCUGUAUGGGGCAUGGGGGCUGUAUAUGGUUUAGGGGGUCUAAAUAUGGGGUACAGGUGAAGACUAAGUGGUGUGCCUGUAUAAAUUUAAGGGGGGAUGAAUUCUAUGUGACAGUUUCACUGCCAAGUGCCCGGAACUGUGGGGGCUUGUGAACUGGACAAUGUGUUGUAGUUCACCUGAGUUUCACCUGGGUUGCACCUUGUACCUGCGUAGUUCACCUGGGUAACUUACACCUUGUACCUGCAUAGUUCACCUGGGUCUCACCUGAGUUGCACACCUAGGCAUGCUGUCUUUCAAUGAAUUCUGUACAGAGCCUUGUACUACAACUGUAUAAAUGAAUUGAUGCAAGUGUCUAUAGCGUUACAUGAGGGCUUUUCCAGAAGAAUAUGAUGAUCUUAUUUUUUGUCUCCAAGUUGAACUGUAGCAGACUCUUUAAGAAUAAAGUGCCACUUUCUUGAGUCGGAGACUGGAAAUGUAGCACCCGCGCCCGGGAAAAACCGGGCAUGUUUGGCAGAACUGCUGCCCUUCAGUGAGCAGUAGCCUCUAACAGGAUCCACGGAGCACUGAAAACAUAGUCGAAAUUGGCCAAAUACUAUUACAUGCCAGAGGAGUUAGCUGGUGGAGGAGUACAGUUUGCAACCAACGGAUAUUAUUUUGUGCUCUUGUGUUCGGCCAAGUUCUACUGUUUUCCCAAAGUCGCAAACUGUACUCAGCCUGCCAACUCCUCUAGAAAGUUAUCUAUUUGGCCAAUUUGUACUACUUUUCCAACGGCCUGUGUAGCCUGGUAGAGGCUACAAGAGCAGCACUGCCGGCUCGCUUUGCUGUUAGUCUAGUGUAGAAGUUAUGUUCAAUCCGUAUUGUUGCCUCUGUACAUAUUAUUAUGCAUAGUAUCUUAAUUUAGGUUAAUAAUGGGGUAACGAAAGAAAAUUAUGCCUUCCACUUUGUUGUAUCAUUAUUAUUAUAAUAUAAUUAUUGUUACAACCGUGUCCAUGUACUGUUGUGUAUAUGGUGCCGCGCUAUGAGGAAACUUUGUCUGCCUUAUGUAGAGCCUGGGCAUGUUUCACAACAAGUCGGGAGGGCGGGGAAAGAAGAAUUAAAGUCCAUGUGAACAUACUGAA